GUAUGGAUUUGGCUCUGCGUGCUGCGAUGAGCAACCAGUCUGCAAACAGCAUCGGCAUGGGGCUGAAAAUGGAUUUAGCCAGCAAGACUUGCAUUCGUUGGGAACUUCGCUGCCAUGCCAGUUUGAUUGCUUGUGUUCGGGGCUGCUAUAAGAUACUCCAGGACGUCAAUUACUCAGGCCCAGAGGCGUCACUGUGCGCCCACGUCGUGUCCUGUGAUGCCACGAACGCACUCGUGUGGCAGAACACAAAGCUUCACAAUCUCAAAGUUCACAGCUUCUACCCGUUGCACGAUUUGGCCGACAGUACGUUUCAGGAAGUGUGCGACGGCAUGGAGUGCGCAGCCAUGGUAGCUGACAUGAGACCGAUGGUGAAUGGAACGUCCGCCGAGCACCUGCACGGCACGAUUCUCUCUCAACUGAGUUCAGUUGGGGCACCUACAUGGAAGGAUGAUGCUCCGCCGAAGAGGGCGAACCACCUAGAAAUUUGGAUCAUGAACUCGGACGCCGGUGGAGACAUCGCAAAGUGUCGGAAGUGCGUGCAAGCAGAGGUUGCUGCAGACCCAGGAAAAGUAUUCAUUGGAGUGGAUUGUAUGAUGCACCAAUACCACUUGAUGGUCCGCAGCGACUUGGGUGUGAUAGAGCACGCCGCCAUUGAAGUAUUCGGUCUUGACCCUGGGUAUUGGAGCCGCUUGGCAAGCAUCAUGGUCUUGUGGCGGGACAAGGCGAAGCGCAAGAAAGACGCCAUCGAUCAGGCGGCCGAGGAUUCAGCCAAGGCUUUCACUGAGAAGAUGAGCAAGGCCAGAGCCAGCGUGCUGACAAGCUGUGCCAGCGACGCCAU